GCGCACCCUCAACAUAUAAAUAGCAAGACACGCAAUCAACUCCCUAACCAAAUUCAGCUCCAAUUCCAAACCCACGAAAUGGAAAGCCCAACCGCCAAAUUCCACCACCACCGCCACCUUCUCCUCCUCUUCCUCCUCCUAAUCGCCGCCGGAAAAUUCAAAUUCGCCGACGCAGCGCAGCGGAAGAUCCACAUUACGGACGAGCUGGACGACGUCGUCGACGACGAGGAGGACGACGACUGGAGACAAUGGGGCGCGGCGAAGCGACCCGACUUCGACCCGCCGCCGCCCACCGACUUCACCAAAAUGGGCGAAAUGAGGGAGGAAAAUAUGAUGGGGCCUGUUUUCGGAUUCGUUAAACUCCGACCCGGAACUCGUCGGACUUCGGAGAUGGUAUCAGAAAUGGCUAUGAAAUGGACCAAGGUGGCAAGAACCGGAGCAACGGAGGCCAGGUUCAGCGCCGUUGAUCUCAGCACGGUCAUGUUCACCAUGCCAAAAGGUCGAAACGUUUUGGAGUUAAAAGAAUACCUGUUGAGCCAACCGGAGGCUUAUGAGAUCAAGAUAGGCGACCAGCUCUUCAGAAGACCGGGAGAUCCUACGUUCGAUGAAGUUUUUCACAAGCUCCAGAUGGAGAAGGCUAAAAGCUCCGAUGCCAACACCAUGAACGACGAGAGGCAUCACGAGCUUUAGCAACAGAGAACUACUGCUGUCCCUUAACAGCUCUCCUACUAGAUGAGUGAAUAUUCUCGUUAUUUCUACUGACCAUAUAUGACUCAUUUCAUCUUCCCUGCCUUGUAAAAUGUUUACAUUCUCAAUUUUUAUUACACUUUCCUCUGUUUGUGUCA